UUUUAAUCCCCGCACCAAGCACUUAACCUCAUUGGGGUGGAGGAGAAGGCGGCGGCUGUCCGGUCCGCAGCCCCAACAGUAGUGAAUAAUAGAGCUAAUGGACUGCUGAAUUAUGAAGUAUGUCAGACUCAGUCAUAGAUCAUCACUCUGCCACUCUCUCCUUUAUCGCCUACUAGUUAUUUAAAUUGGACUUUUAAUAUCCUACCAGCUGCUCUUCAGACACACAUGGUGCAUUGCUGCCAUUCCCCGGAUUGCAUCUUUGAAACACACACUCUUAGUAGCCUUCAGCGAACAAAGAGGCCACCUCCCGGUACAGCUACCGGGAGGGAGUCAUCCUGACUACCCUCUAGCCUUGGCUGGAUCUGGAUUUGAAUUCUACCAUGGAACCUCGAAUGGAGUCCUGUCUGGCCCAGGUGCUGCAGAAGGAUGUGGGGAAACGGCUGCAGGUUGGCCAGGAACUCAUAGACUAUUUCUCAGACAAGCAGAAGUCUGCUGACCUUGAACAUGACCAGACCAUGUUAGAUAAGCUUGUGGAUGGACUCGCUACCUCUUGGGUGAACUCUAGCAAUUACAAGGUGGUUCUCCUGGGCAUGGACAUCCUGUCUGCACUGGUGACAAGGCUUCAGGACCGGUUCAAGGCACAAAUCGGCACGGUGUUGCCAAGUCUAAUAGACAGACUAGGAGAUGCUAAGGACUCCGUGAGGGAGCAAGACCAAACCCUGCUGCUAAAGAUCAUGGAUCAAGCUGCUAACCCCCAGUAUGUGUGGGACAGAAUGCUUGGAGGCUUCAAACACAAGAACUUCCGCACGAGAGAGGGCAUCUGCCUCUGCCUUAUUGCAACACUCAAUGCCUCUGGGGCACAGACUCUAACACUAAGCAAGAUCGUGCCACAUAUAUGUAACCUACUGGGAGAUCCCAACAGCCAGGUUAGAGAUGCAGCAAUAAACAGUCUGGUGGAGAUUUACAGACACGUAGGCGAACGUGUGAGGGCAGACCUCAGUAAGAAAGGGCUGCCACAGUCCCGGUUGAAUGUCAUUUUUACAAAAUUUGAUGAAGUCCAAAAGUCUGGAAAUAUGAUACAGUCUGCAAAUGAUAAAAAUUUUGAUGAUGAGGAUUCUGUGGAUGGAAACAGGCCUUCUUCUGCCAGCUCCUCCUCAUCUAAGGCUCCAUCUAGUUCCCGAAGGAAUGUUAGCAUGGGGACUACCCGUCGACUUGUAUCAUCCAGUCUUGGAUCUAAGUCUUCAGCUGCAAAAGAAGGUGCCGGUGCUGUGGAUGAAGAGGAUUUUAUAAAAGCUUUUGAUGAUGUACCCGUAGUGCAGAUUUACUCUAGCCGAGACCUGGAGGAAUCCAUAAACAAAAUUAGAGAGAUCCUAUCAGAUGACAAGCAUGACUGGGAACAGAGAGUCAAUGCCCUAAAAAAGAUGAGGUCAUUGCUUUUGGCUGGGGCUGCUGAGUACGAUAACUUCUUUCAACACCUACGUCUUCUGGACGGAGCCUUUAAACUCUCUGCUAAGGACCUGCGGUCUCAGGUAGUGCGGGAAGCUUGCAUCACAUUAGGUCAUCUGUCAUCAGUUCUGGGAAAUAAGUUUGAUCAUGGAGCUGAAGCCAUUAUGCCAACUAUCUUUAAUUUAAUCCCGAACAGUGCCAAAAUUAUGGCUACUUCUGGUGUUGUAGCUGUUAGGCUAAUCAUUCGGCACACACACAUCCCUCGGCUAAUCCCUGUCAUAACAAGCAACUGUACCUCUAAGUCUGUCGCAGUUAGAAGGCGCUGUUUUGAAUUUUUAGAUUUACUUUUACAAGAAUGGCAGACACAUUCACUAGAAAGACACAUAUCAGUAUUAGCGGAAACAAUAAAGAAAGGAAUACAUGAUGCCGAUUCUGAAGCAAGAAUAGAAGCCAGAAAAUGUUACUGGGGUUUCCACAGUCACUUCAGCCGAGAAGCAGAACACUUGUACCACACUUUGGAAUCCUCCUACCAGAAGGCCCUGCAGUCCCACUUGAAGAACUCGGACAGCAUUGUGUCUCUGCCUCAGUCAGACAGAUCUUCUUCCAGCUCUCAAGAGAGUCUCAACCGGCCCCUUUCUGCCAAGAGAAGUCCCACUGGCAGCACCACAUCCAGAGCCUCUACAGUUAGUACCAAAUCUGUGUCGACGACAGGAUCCCUCCAGCGGUCUCGAAGUGAUAUUGACGUGAAUGCAGCAGCCAGUGCCAAAUCCAAAGUCUCCUCAUCCUCAGGCUCCACCGCCUUCAGCUCUGCAGCAGCAUUGCCUCCAGGGUCCUAUGCAUCUUUAGAGUCCAGACACGUGAGGGAAGACUUGGAGUACGUAGGCCUGGAUGCAGGUCGGAUCCGCACGAGACGGCAAAGCUCGGGGAGUGCCACCAAUGUUGCCUCCACACCCUCGGAUAGUCGGGGCCGCAGUCGCGCCAAAGUGGUUUCACAGUCUCAGCCUGGCAGCCGGUCAAGUUCCCCCGGGAAGUUGUUGGGAAGUGGCUAUGGUGGACUUGCUGGGGGUUCCUCAAGAGGCCCACCUGUAACUCUGUCUUCAGAAAAACGAAGCAAGAUUCCCAGGAGUCAGGGAUGUAGCCGAGAAACAAGUCCUAACCGGAUAGGAUUAGAUCGGUUUGGGCUGGGCCAGUCAGGAAGAAUCCCUGGUUCCGUGAAUGCCAUGCGAGUACUGAGCACCAGCACAGACCUAGAAGCUGCAGUGGCUGACGCGCUGAAGAAGCCUGUGAGGAGGAGGUACGAGCCCUAUGGAAUGUACUCUGACGAUGAUGCCAACAGUGACGCCUCCAGUGUGUGUUCUGAGCGCUCAUACGGCUCCAGGAAUGGUGGCAUUCCCCAUUAUCUGCGGCAGACUGAGGAUGUAGCAGAAGUUCUCAACCACUGUGCUAGUUCCAACUGGUCGGAAAGGAAAGAGGGGCUCCUGGGCCUACAGAACUUACUGAAGAGCCAAAGAACACUGAGUCGUGUAGAAUUGAAGAGAUUGUGUGAGAUUUUCACCCGAAUGUUUGCUGAUCCUCACAGCAAGAGAGUUUUCAGUAUGUUUUUGGAGACCCUCGUGGACUUUAUAAUCAUUCAUAAGGAUGACUUGCAAGACUGGCUUUUCGUCCUUCUCACACAGUUACUUAAGAAAAUGGGAGCAGACUUACUUGGAUCUGUGCAGGCGAAAGUUCAAAAGGCACUGGAUGUCACCAGGGAUUCUUUUCCAUUUGAUCAACAAUUUAACAUUUUGAUGAGAUUUAUUGUGGAUCAGACUCAGACUCCAAAUCUCAAGGUAAAAGUUGCCAUCCUGAGAUACAUCGAGUCUCUGGCCAGGCAGAUGGACCCCACAGAUUUUGUAAACUCCAGUGAAACAAGGCUUGCUGUUUCUAGAAUCAUAACGUGGACUACAGAACCAAAGAGUUCAGACGUGAGAAAGGCAGCACAGAUUGUGCUCAUCUCUCUGUUUGAAUUGAACACUCCUGAAUUUACCAUGUUACUUGGUGCCUUGCCAAAAACAUUCCAGGAUGGUGCCACCAAACUCCUGCAAAACCACCUCAAGAACUCCAGUAACACCAAUGUGGGAUCUCCAAGCAAUACCAUUGGCCGGACGCCUUCCCGACACCCCAGCAGCAGGACCAGCCCCCUGACCUCACCCACCAACUGUUCCCAUGGGGGACUAUCUCCAAGCAUGCUGGACUAUGAUACAGAGAACUUGAACUCUGAAGAAAUCUACAGCUCUUUGCGUGGAGUUACAGAAGCCAUCGAAAAGUUCAGCUUCCGAAGUCAAGAGGACCUGAAUGAGCCAAUUAAGCGAGAUGGCAAGAAAGAUUGUGAUACUGUGUCCCGAGAUGGGGGAGCAGCCUCACCUGCCACUGAGGGCCGGGGAGGUGGUGAGGUGGAAGGAGGCAGGAUGGCUUUGGACAACAAGACCUCCCUGCUCAACACACAACCUCCACGUGCCUUCCCGGGGCCACGAGCACGGGAAUAUAACCCAUAUCCCUACUCGGACACCAUCAACACCUAUGACAAGACAGCUCUGAAGGAGGCGGUGUUUGACGAUGACAUGGAGCAGCUCCGAGAUGUGCCCAUUGACCACUCAGACCUGGUGGCUGACUUGCUGAAAGAGCUCUCUAACCACAACGAGCGUGUGGAGGAGCGGAAAGGUGCACUUCUGGAGCUGCUCAAGAUCACCAGGGAGGACAGCCUGGGCGUGUGGGAGGAGCACUUCAAGACCAUCCUGCUGCUGCUGCUGGAAACUCUAGGGGACAAAGAUCACUCUAUUCGAGCUCUGGCACUGAGAGUUUUACGGGAGAUUCUGAGAAACCAGCCAGCAAGAUUCAAAAACUAUGCAGAACUGACCAUCAUGAAGACUCUGGAAGCCCACAAAGACUCCCACAAAGAGGUGGUGAGAGCUGCUGAAGAAGCUGCAUCGACACUAGCCAGCUCAAUCCACCCAGAGCAGUGCAUCAAAGUGCUGUGCCCAAUCAUCCAGACAGCCGACUACCCCAUCAACCUGGCUGCCAUCAAGAUGCAGACAAAAGUGGUAGAGAGGAUCACCAAGGAGUCCUUGCUGCAGCUCCUCGUCGACAUCAUCCCAGGCUUGCUGCAGGGUUAUGACAACACCGAGAGCAGUGUACGGAAGGCCAGCGUGUUUUGCUUAGUGGCAAUCUAUUCCGUAAUCGGAGAAGAUCUGAAGCCUCACCUGGCACAGCUCACGGGGAGCAAGAUGAAGCUGCUGAACUUAUACAUAAAGAGGGCCCAGACCACCAACAGCAACAGCAGCUCUUCCUCUGAUGUGUCCACACACAGCUAGUGGCCAUGCCAGUCUGUGCAGAACACACAGAGGUGGUUGGUGCCUCUGAGAAGCUCCAUCAGCUGCCCAGUCCACUCGAGGAGGCCGCACAUAAUUUAUUACAAUCAGUAUUUUGGUCCCUUCCAGCUUUUUGUGUAAAAUUUUGCUGGUAUUGAAUGUAACGGAAGCAAGGCCUGUUAUGCAGUCUCCCUAGAAACAAAAGGACUGAGAAAUGAAGAGCCAUACUUACAUGUGUCUUGCACCGCCUGCUGACAUCACCAAACCAUGGAGGGCACAGUUCUGAGAACCCAGAGCUCUCUAGCCAGUGCUUGGUACACAGUAGCAUAUUUUUUCAGUCCAUACAGACUUGGGGUGGUAUGGGGUGUUGCUGUGUGUUCUUUAUGCUUAUGUUGUUAGAGUGUGGUCAGAUGGGACAAGACCCACCACCACCACCACCUAUUUUCCAUCUGACACUGAGAAAGGCUGUGUGUGUGUUUAGGUUUUGUCUUAAGAGACCUUGUCAAAGUGGGAUUGCAAUCUGGGCAAGAAAAGGACAACAACUUGGAGCUGGCCUCAUGACAAACAAAUGAGGUUAGCCUCUCAUACAGACAGGAGCUAACUGCCCUGUCUUUGGGAAUAGAAUUGGUAAUGCCACCAAGUUUUCAUGGUUGCAUUAAAUAAAAGGUGACUGCAGAAUGCCAAGAUUGGAAA